GGUCAGGAGCAGGUCUGGGGAAAAUAAUCCAGAGAUUUCCACAGAAGGACUGGGAUGAUACACCUUUUCCACAAGGAAUUGAAUUGUUUUGUCAGCCUGGCGGAUGGCAGCUGUCCAGAGAGAGGAAGCAGCCGACGUUUUUUGUGGUCGUCCUGACAGAUAUUGACUCGGAUCGGCAUUACUGCUCGUGCUUAACCUUUCACGAGGCAGAGAUCAAUCUGCAGGGAACAAAGAAGGAAGAGACUGAAGGUGAAGUGGAAGUGUCUGGUUUAAUUCAGCCUGCAGAAGUGUUUGCUCCCAAAAGCCUGGUGUUGGUAUCCAGAUUAGAUUAUCCAGAAAUUUUUAGGGCUUGUCUGGGUUUGAUCUACACUGUAUAUGUGGACAGUCUGAAUGUCUCCUUGGAAAGUCUCAUUGCAAACUUGUGUGCGUGUCUUGUCCCAGCGGCUGGAGGGUCUCAGAAGCUGUUUUCCUUGGGUGCAGGAGACAGACAACUGAUCCAGACUCCCUUGCAUGAUAGUCUUCCUGUCACAGGAACUAGUGUGGCCCUCCUGUUCCAGCAGUUAGGAAUUCAAAAUGUCCUCAGCCUCUUUUGUGCAGUCCUUACAGAAAAUAAGGUUCUCUUCCAUUCUGCAAGUUUCCAGAGACUUAGUGAUGCUUGUAGAGCCCUGGAGUCAUUAAUGUUUCCUCUUAAAUAUAGUUACCCUUAUAUUCCUAUUCUCCCGGCUCAGCUCCUGGAAGUUCUGAGUUCCCCAACGCCUUUCAUUAUUGGAGUACAUUCUGUCUUUAAAACUGAUGUUCAUGAACUUUUAGAUGUAAUCAUAGCUGAUUUGGAUGGAGGCACUAUUAAAAUUCCUGAAUGUAUUCACCUCUCUUCCCUUCCGGAACCACUUCUACAUCAGACUCAAGCAGCUCUUUCUUUGAUUCUACACCCAGAUUUGGAAGUAGCAGAUCAUGCUUUUCCCCCUCCACGAACAGCUUUAUCCCACUCAAAAAUGCUGGAUAAGGAAGUGCGUGCAGUUUUUCUUAGAUUAUUUGCACAACUUUUCCAAGGAUAUAGAUCAUGCUUACAGCUUAUAAGAAUUCAUGCAGAACCAGUAAUACAUUUUCACAAGACAGCUUUCUUGGGACAGCGUGGUCUAGUUGAGAAUGAUUUCCUCACUAAAGUUCUCAAUGGAAUGGCAUUUGCAGGUUUUGUUUCAGAAAGAGGUCCUCCCUAUAGAUCCUGUGAUCUCUUUGAUGAGGUGGUAGCUUUUGAAGUAGAGCGAAUUAAAGUUGAAGAAAAUAACCCAAUGAAGAUGAUAAAGCAUGUCAGAGAACUUGCUGAGCAACUAUUUAAAAAUGAGAAUCCAAACCCUCAUAUGGCAUUUCAGAAAGUUCCACGCCCAACAGAAGGAUCCCACUUGCGAGUUCAUAUUCUUCCUUUCCCUAAAAUUAAUGAAACUCGGGUACAGGAAUUAAUACAGGAAAAUCUUGCUAAGAAUCAAAAUGCACCUCCUGCUUCAAGAGUGGAAAAGAAAUGUGUUGUGCCUGCAGGUCCACCUGUUGUUUCAAUAAUGGAUAAAGUGACAACAGUUUUCAACAGUGCACAGAGAUUGGAAGUUGUUAGAAACUGCAUUUCAUUCAUAUUUGAAAAUAAAACAUUGGAGACUGAAAAGACCCUUCCUGCUGCACUGAGAGCCCUUAAAGGAAAGGCAGCAAGACAGUGUCUCACUGAUGAGCUGGGUUUACAUGUUCAGCAGAACCGGGCAAUACUAGAUCAUCAGCAGUUUGACUACAUAAUAAGGAUGAUGAACUGUACUCUACAGGUAACCUUUAGUUCUUUCAAAUUUCUCUUCUCAUUUGAGAAUAAUACUUUUUUCCCCAGGCAGUUCAAUAAUUACUAGU